AUGUCAAAUAAUAGUUAUGAAACAUACACUGGAUUAGCAUAUAUUCAGAAUAUUCUUUCAAAAAUAUUUACACCAUAUAUUAUUAUUGUUACUUUAAUUGGUAUUACUGGAAAUGCUCUUACAAUAAUUAUGUUAUCUAAACGAUCACUUACAAAAAAUUUUAAUAAUUGUACAUUAAUUGCACUUGCUGUUACAGAUUUAUUAUUUAAUUUAUCACUUCUAUCUCAUUGUUUGUUUACAUUAAAUGGUUAUAGUUCUAAUAAUUUUUGUGUACUAUUAGCUUUUAUUUCUCAUUUAGCUGAAUUAUUAUCAGCAUCUUUUACAGCUCAUUUUACAAUUCAACGUUUUUUUGCAGUUAAAUUUCCCUUGAGUGUAUUUAUGGAAAAAAAUAUUCAUAUUUUACAUUAUAUUAUUGUAUCAUUAGUUAUUCUAUUUGGGAUAUCUUUUUGUUUCGCACUUAUUAAAUCAAAUGAUUAUUACUUGUGUGAAGAAGAAUUACAAUUAAAAUGGUUUAUAUCUGAUGCAAUAUUAUCAUUUGUUACACCAUUUACAAUAAUUGCAACAUUAAAUUUAUUAAUUAUAUUUCAUUUAAGAAAAACUUCUCGAAAAAAUCAACGAUUAUCAUUUAGUAAUAAACAAACAAAAAAAGAAUUUUUACGAUUAAAUUCAAAACAAAAAAGUUCACUAUCAUAUGAUUCAAACUCUCAUUCAAGAUCAUCUGUACAUACGAUAGGAUCAAAUAUUAAGACUUCUCUAUAUCGAUUCCCAAGUCAUUCAGAAACAAAUGAUAAUCAUCUAUCUGUUGAUAUUAGAGCUCGACGUACUGCUUCAAUACGUUCAACAACUCGUUCUCAUGCUCAAUCACAUCGUGUAACACGUAUGCUAAUCAUAGUAUCAACUUGUUUCUUAUUAUUAAAUGCUCCUCAACAUAUAUGUACAAUUAGUUUAAAAAUUUAUUUAUUAAAAAAUAGUCAAUCAACAAGUAAUUCUCAUCAUAUAAGUGCAAAUGUAAUAGAAUAUUCUAAUGAAACAAUGUCAACAAUAAUUGAAAAUAGUGAUUUUACUUCUCCAACAAUACCAUACAGAGAAAAAUCAACAAAAAUGAAUCCUAAUUAUAUUUCUAUAAUGUAUAUUACUGUUAUUACGUGUCAACAUAUAUCUUAUUUAUCAUACUCAAUAAAUUUUUUUCUUUAUUCAUUUUGUGGAAUGAAAUUUCGUCGUGAACUCAAAAGAUUUCUACCAAAAUGUGGAAAUUAUCAACAACGAUUACAAAAAUCACCUAUAUUAUAUGGAUCACAUAUAUUAUAA